UGAAUCUGCUGCAGCCCGUGCAGUGGGCGGUUAGUGAGGACGGAGAGCAGCAGUUUGAACCGGAGCGGAGAGGCGGAAACACUGAAACUACAUUCAUUACUAGGUGGAAUUAAACCUACAGAAACUCUGUCUUCAACGCUAAACAACAGGUUAAAAGUGGAGGUAACGGCGGGUUGUUUUUGUUGUGUUAGCCGACUCUGGUAACGUAAAGCCGGUCAGAGGGAAGCGGAGCUAACUGCUAGCUGCUAGUUAGCCGUGGAGCUAACGCUACAGCUAACAGGCUAAUCCCUCCAACAGCAACACAAAGGACGAGUCUGCUCAGAGUGUUUGUUGUGUUUCCACUGCGUUGGAUGAGGACUGAGCCUCCUGAGCAGGUUGAUCAUGGUGCUGACAGGGAAGCGCUCGGAGAAGGGUCCCGCCUGCUGGAAGAGGAGGGUGAAGUCUGAGUACAUGAGGCUUCGGCAGCUCAAACGCUUCAGACGGGCCGACGAGGUCAAGAGCAUGUUCAACACCAACCGUCAGAAAAUCACGGAGCGAACUGCCACUUUGAACAAGGAGUGGACGACCAGGCGAAUCCAGCCAGUUCACAUCAUGACGUCUGUCGGCUCCUUAAGGGGCACCCGAGAGUGCACAGUGGACAGCGGUUUCUCUGAGUUCCCCCGGCAGGUCAUCCCCCUGAAGACUCUUAACGCCGUGGCCUCAGUCCCGGUCAUGUACUCCUGGUCGCCGCUGCAGCAGAACUUCAUGGUGGAGGAUGAGACGGUGCUCCAUAACAUCCCCUACAUGGGAGACGAGAUCCUGGACCAAGAUGGUACUUUCAUUGAAGAGCUCAUCAAGAACUAUGACGGCAAAGUCCACGGAGACAGAGAGUGCGGCUUCAUCAACGAUGAGAUAUUCGUGGAGUUGGUCAGCUCUCUGUCACAGUACAGCGACAACGAGGAUGAUGAGGAGGAGGAAGAGCAGGACUUCAAGGUUGAGAAGAUGGAGUUGUGUGACGGCAAGGAGCAUCCAGAGGACCCCCGCAAGGACGGGCUCAUAAACAAUGAGAGCCGAACCAGCAAUGACGGCACCAAGAAGUUUCCCUCUGACAAGAUUUUUGAAGCCAUCUCCUCCAUGUUCCCUGACAAGGGCUCCACUGAGGAGCUCAAAGAGAAGUACAAGGAGUUGACGGAGCAGCAGCUGCCCGGCGCGCUGCCCCCCGAAUGCACGCCGAACAUCGACGGUCCAAACGCUAAAUCCGUGCAGCGCGAACAGAGCCUGCACUCUUUCCACACUCUGUUCUGCAGACGCUGCUUCAAAUACGACUGCUUCCUCCACCCUUUCCAUGCAACUCCAAACACCUAUAAGCGUAAGAACUUGGAGAACAUGGUGGACAGUAAACCCUGCGGCAUCGACUGCUACAUGUACCUGGUACAGGAUGGGAUGGUGACCGAGUUCCCCGCGGGCGUGGUUGCCGAGCGGCCCAAGACGCCCUCCAAACGCACGGUGGGCCGCCGCCGCGGACGACCGAGCAGCAACAGCCGGCCCAGCACCCCCUCUGUUUCCUCGGAAACCAAAGACACAGACAGCGACCGCGAGGGCAGCAAAGAAGACGAUCAAGACAACGAUCGAGACAACGACAAAGACGACGAAGACAAGAAGGACGAGAACACCAGCAGCUCAGAGGGUAACUCGCGGUGUCAGACUCCAGUGAAGAUGAAGCUGAUCGGUGAGGCUGAAGCGGUGGACUGGAGCGGGGCCGAAGCCUCUCUCUUCAGGGUUCUCAUUGGGACAUACUAUGACAACUUCUGCGCCAUCGCACGGCUCAUAGGCACCAAGACGUGCAGACAGGUUUACGAGUUCAGGGUCAAGGAGUCGAGCAUCAUCGCUCGGGCUCCUGCUGAAGAUGAGGACACACCGCCGAGAAAGAAGAAGAGGAAACACAGACUGUGGGCCACUCACUGCAGGAAGAUCCAGCUGAAGAAAGAUGGCUCGUCCAAUCACGUGUAUAAUUACCAGCCAUGUGACCACCCGCGGCAGCCCUGUGACUCCUCGUGUCCCUGUGUCACCGCUCAAAACUUCUGCGAGAAGUUUUGCCAGUGCAGCUCUGAGUGUCAGAACCGUUUCCCAGGUUGUCGGUGCAAAGCUCAGUGCAACACCAAGCAGUGUCCGUGCUACCUGGCAGUGAGGGAGUGUGACCCCGACCUCUGCCUGACCUGCGGCGCUGCAGACCACUGGGACAGCAAGAAUGUGUCCUGCAAGAACUGCUCCAUUCAGAGAGGCGCCAAGAAGCAUCUGCUGCUGGCCCCGUCAGACGUGGCAGGUUGGGGCAUCUUCAUCAAAGAGCCGGUCCAGAAAAACGAGUUCAUCUCUGAGUACUGUGGAGAGAUUAUCUCUCAGGAUGAAGCCGACCGCAGAGGGAAGGUCUACGACAAAUACAUGUGCAGCUUCCUCUUCAAUCUCAACAACGACUUUGUUGUUGAUGCCACGAGGAAAGGCAACAAGAUCCGCUUCGCCAACCAUUCUGUCAACCCCAACUGCUAUGCAAAAGUGAUGAUGGUGAACGGGGACCACAGGAUAGGAAUCUUUGCUAAGAGAGCCAUCCAGACUGGAGAGGAGCUCUUCUUUGACUACAGGUACAGCCAGGCUGACGCUCUGAAGUACGUGGGGAUCGAGCGGGAGCUGGAGAUCGCCUGACUCGGACUUCUACCUCCUGUGGAUCAACGACACAAAGGCCUUACACUCAAACAUAAACAAACACACCUUCACUUCAGGAAAUCCAGACGAUUUGUCAAAACGCUAGAAAGCUUCAGGAAAACUGGGAAUAUUUGAAGCAGAAUUUUGAUGCUGUGUUUUUCCUCUUUUUUUUUUGCCACCUUGGUCUUUUAAAAAAAAAAAUUUCAUAUCUGUUUUUUCAUUUUUCUUCUUCAACAAAUCUUCCUCUUCUGUCGAGGCGGGAGUCUUGGAUUCAUAAAUCUUCCCUCAGCUGGAGGUGCAGAUCUCCUACAAACCAACUCUCGUUUUUGUUUUUAAAUAUCCAAACAGUAAAAUGUUCUCCGGCGAGAGGAGACGAAACCACGAUCGUCUUUGUUUAAAAACUGGCUUUUCAAUUUACGCUUUAGGGACCAAAAUCCUCCACCAGCCGCUUUCACACAACCGUCUGGACUCUGUGUUUGUAUCGUGUGCCACAUGUGGGUCAGUUGUCAUGUUGUGUUUUUAUACAAUGUGAAGUGAACCAGCCACGCGCUCCCCAGAGUGCCAGAUCACUCUAUGUCUAUAAAACGGGAGGUCACUCACAAAGCAGCGUCACACCAGAUCCAACGCCGACGUAAAAAAUCUAUCAAAACCGCAGUCCGGUUUUGAUAGCCAUAACAUCUACAUAUACUCGUUGUUAUUAAGUUAAGUUAGAGCUGAAAGAAUAAGCCAAUUGAUAAAGUUCAUCAGCAACAAUUAUGAUAAUUGAUACUAUUUUUCUCGUUCAUAUAUAAACUGAAUAUAUUUGGGUUUUGUUGUUGUUGAGACAAAAUAAUACAUUUAAAAACCCUAUUUUUGGACAUUUUAUAGACUAAGACAUUGUUGGAAUAAUGGCGAAAAUAUGCAGAUUAAGCAAUAAUGAAAACAAUUACUAGUCGCAGCCUAAGAUUCAGUUAGACUUACUGAGAACUAACAGUAUAUGUGUUAUUAAAAACAUAUUUCGCAAAGCUUGUAUAUUCAAAGAAAUCAUUGAAACAAAGCUUUAGAUGAGGCCUGAAACUAAAGGUUAGUUUGAUCAAUUAACCUGUUCACUAUUUCUUUAAUUAAUCCGUUUGUUUGGCCCAUAGUACGCCAGAAAAUACUGGAAAAAAAUAGUUUUGUCUGAACAACAGUCCAAAACCAAACAAUCCUGUUAACAGUCAGUCAAAGUUGUUUCUAAAGUUGCAUCAGAAAACAAAUUUCAGCCUCUGAAACUUCUAUGUUUUUGUUCAGUGUCAGGCAUAAGGCAUGAUGGGGAGUCAUUAUUCUCCUACAGCUUUCUUUAAUUGAUUUCUAAAUAUUUAGAUAUCUUUUUAAUAUCUAAAACAGCUUAAAAAUGAUAACUAAAAAUGAGGGGACACAGCAACUUCUUCAAAUGUCUUGUUUUGUGCGACCAACAGUCCAAAACCCAAAGAUAUUCAGGUCACAAUGAUAUAAAACAGAGAAACAGAAAAUUUGACAAGUUGCAACAGGUAAAUUUCUGCUAUUUUUUUGCAUGAAAAAUUACAAUUAAUCAAUUAGAUUAAGAGGGAAAAAUGGAAAUUAGAAGCUUUUUAUUUGUAGAGCUCACGAUGCCUUCAGAGCCUACUGAAAAAAUCCAGUUUUAUCAUUUCAACUCAAGUCAUGACGUCACAGGAAGACAUCAUAUCCUGUCACUCAAAGCACCAGCACACAUGUCAUCAGGUCUCAGAAGAGCUGGGUAUUUAUAUCAAGAGCUUUGUAGAUGGAGACACAUCGCCUCCACGUUCCUGCUUCUGGAGUUGACUCCCGCUUUGUGACGCUGCCUCUGCUUCAGGUGCUUAUGUGAAAACACAAAACCAGCACUACUUCACCACGAGAGGAUACUCAACCCACCAGACUUUGAACCUUUUUUAGUCUGGCUGUAGUUUUGAGCUUCCUGUCGUGAACACGUGCUUCUCUCCUCAGUGAGAGCGGCGCUGUUUUUUUUUUACCAAACUCAACCAAAACCACACGGAUACUGAUGAUGAAGGUUUUCAUUCAUGUUCUCCUCCUCUGACGCUCUGUUGCCUCUCCUGUCGUCUCUCUCCCGUCUGUGAACGUUUUCCCAGCAGCACUGAGCUCCACUCGUACUCACUAAGUCCAGUUUGUUUUCUAUGUCUGUGCUCCUUGUUUGGUUCAAAGCUCACUAUAACAAGCGAGGGUUGUGUUCAAUGAUAGUUUGUAAACUGACAAAUCCCAGAUCUCUUUUGUUAUAAUCAGCAGAACAUUUAGGUCGUCAUUCAGCUAAAGAGAACAUCUUUAUUUCUUGUAGGACUGCAAAAAAAGUAUUUUGUCCUAUCAACAGUCCGAAACCCAAAGAGAUUUAAUAUUUUAUAUAUUAUAUCUUGAGUAAACAUCUGUAGCCAAAUAAUCAAUUAUUAAAAUUGCUGCCAGUUAAUUUUCUGUCAUUCAAAUGAUCGAUUUAAUUGUUUCAGCUCUGAAUUCUCGUAAGAAUUGUGUAAAGUUUAACCUAAAUUGGUCCUAAAUCUCACAUUUAAGACGCUGGAAACAGCGCAUUGUCUCUGUAUA